AGUGACCAGUUCCUCCGAUGGAAGGUCCCGUUUGUCUCUCUCGGAGUCGUGAAAUUACUUAAUUAAUAAGAUCGAACUGAGUUUAUUUGGUUGAGAAAUGUUACUGCAUUAGGGUUUCGAUUGAACGCUCUUUCGAUUCCUCGGAUUCGACAGUUCGAGUAAAGUGGGUGCUAUUGCAGUUACGUUGUUACGAGCAUUAGCAAUUCAAGGUUGUGGAAGACCCCUCAAAUUUCAACCUCUGAAUUUCGAUUCGGAACCAGUGGAUAUGCUAGUUGCGCGAUGGUUUCGCUUACGGGUUCUGGCCCUCCUGCUGUUGUUGCUACUCGGAUUGUGUAAUUAAUUUUGAUAGUAAGACCCAAUUAGACUUGCGAUUCUCGGGGAAUUAAUUUCCAACGGAGGUGCCAUGGAGGCGACUAGGCUCUCCUCAUUGUGCAACAGAUCACACCUUUGUAUCACUUCGAAACUUGGCGAAUUCAAGCCCACUCUAGCUCCCUCACAAUGUCACUCCAAAGUUGGAGUUAGGGUUUUACGUUCUCAGGAAUCGUGGACGUCGAUUCAAAGGCGCGGAGCCCUACAGCAAUGGCGUGCUUCUGCAGCCCAGGAUUUGCAAAGUAGGUGGUGCUGCGAAUUUCACGACCAGUAUGAUGUGCUGGUGCCGUACGUUGAUGCUUGGAAUUGGCAGAAGCUGCGAGUGGAAGAGAAAAUAGCAAUGCUGGGUCGUCACGAGGAUGCUGGCGACACUCUUAUCAUCUUGCAGCAUCCGCCAGUGUACACGUUAGGCACGCGAAGCACCGAAGCGAAUUUGAAGUUUGAUGCCAAUGAUCCUCCUUUUGAGCUUCACCGGACGGAACGGGGAGGCGAGGUUACAUACCAUGGCCCAGGGCAGCUUGUCAUGUACCCGAUUCUCAACCUACGGCACCACAAAAUGGACUUACAUUGGUACCUUAGAACUCUCGAGGAAGUUGUAAUCGGCGCACUUUACAAAGCUUGUGGAAUUCGAGCGCAUCGCAUCGACGGACUUACUGGGGUCUGGGUGGACAAUCAGAAGGUUGCAGCAAUUGGUGUUCGAGUCUCCCGGUGGAUCACUUACCAUGGACUUGCACUGAAUGUGACGACAGAUCUUGUACCUUUUUCGAAUAUAAUACCUUGUGGAAUAUCUGAUUACUCUGUCACUAGUGUAGCAAAGAUCUUAGAGAACUCUGACGAUCUGUGCGACUUGAGUGGAGGAGACGCACAUAGUGUAUUGAGAUUACUGCGUGAUUGCUUGUUAGCGGAAUUUGAAGAGAAGUUUAGUGUGCAUCUAGUUCGUCCCUCUAAUUUGUCGAAUGCGUCUAUAUGCGUCUGAUGAAGCUGAUUUCGGAAGUGAGUGAUUUUGAGAUUCCUUAAGGUUUCAACUUUGUAAUAUAAUUCCAUGACGAGCGCCUGGACAUUCCGUGUGGCGAUGCCACAGCUCUGCACUCCAAAUUGGAGGCUUGUCUUUCAGCCAAGCAUUUUGCAGGUCUUCUACAAAUUUGUAGACUUAACAUUCUGUUUUCUUUUGUGCACAAUGUAACGAAAUUCAUAACGCUUGUAUUUUAUGAUUACUUUAAACAUU